AUGGAAUCUUCUGUUGUUGUUGCGGACCAGCUUCUUUUUAAUGAAUCAGCAAAUGUGCCUGACAUAACGGCAGUGACUAUUUCAUAUCUAUUGUGUAUAUUUGGUGGCUCUUUGUCAGUUUUCAUAUUGUUUGGAAACCUUCUUGUCAUAAUCUCCAUUGUUUACUUCAAACAGCUCCACACUCCUACAAACUUCCUGAUGCUCUCUCUGGCUGUGGCUGACCUGCUAGUUGGACUUUUAGUUGUGCCUUUCAGUGUCGUGCUCUUUGUCAGCUCAUAUCAGCAUCUGCAUGGUUUACUUUGUAAGGUACGAGGCAGUUUAGAUGCGUUCCUGUGUGACUCUUCCAUUAUGAACUUGUGCUUCAUUUCUGUUGACAGAUAUUACGCAGUGUGUCAGCCUCUGAGAUACAGAACUAAAAUAAAUGUCCGUGUCGCCGGGAUCAUGAUUCUGGUGUCCUGGACUAUUGCCACUCUAAAUGGAGUCAUUUUCACAUUAAAGGCCCCCGACAAAGGUAAAAAACCCCACAUAUGUGCUUCAUUUCAAGUUAAAACACAGGGUACAGUUGUUACAUCCAUUGUUUUUGCAUUUGGCAUCCCAGGUGUAAUAAUAUCUGCUAUCUACUUAAAGAUUUUGAUGGUGGCACAAAAACAGGCACACAGCAUCCAGAGCAUGGCAAAAUCUGGUACAACUGUCAGUAAAGUGGAGAGAAAGGCGACUAAAACUCUGGCUAUUGUGGUGGGGGUUUUUCUCAUGAGUUGGACGCCUUACUUCCUGUCCAUCAGCUUUCAUCCUGUGAGCAAUUACAAAAUACCACUAUUUGUACUUCAGUCAUUUAAGUGGCUUGGUUGGUCAAAUUCAAUGUUUAAUCCAUUUAUUUACGCUUUCUUUUACAGCUGGUUUCGAUCAGCUUUUAGGAUGAUCAUUACAGGGAAAAUAUUUACAUAUGAUGUUUCAAAUCAUAAACUCUUUUGA